AUGAUCGUCUUUCUUGAUGUUUCGACCACUAUAUAUCGUCAUUUCGCACACGAAUUGAAUUCUGUAAAUGCUGCCUUGUCUGGAAGGGGUUUAGAGCCUCUCAAAUGUAAACCUUUUAGAAAAUCGUUUGAUUCUUACAUGCUUAAUGCUGAGCACUAUUUUACCCACGAAGCCGAAUUUUCUAUAUGUAGUCCAGGAAACUCUUUUGGAUUUAUGUAUGGGGGUUUUGAUCAAUGCAUAAUCAAUGCUAUUUCAAAUGAAAAUAAAAGCCCAAUGGUUGUCUGUGAGAAGAUCCAAGGAGAGAUAUUAAAGAAAAGUACCUCAUAUUUGCCGGUCAGCCAAGCCAUCUCGGUAGAUCUUCCUGCUUUAUUCGGUACUGAUUCGUACCAUUUGACUCAGUUGUGGAAGAGAUUGCGUGUAUCGAGGUUGAUCUACUGUCCUACAAUGGCCGUUCCCGAACGUCUUCCAGCUGAGAGUACUACUCCCACGCUAAUUUUCGAUUGUAUUUGGAACAUACUAAAUGUAAGUAAUUCAAAUAUUAUCAUACCUGGGUUUGGGACCGGCGUUGGUGGAUUAGACUCAAAGAAAGCCGUAAAAGACAUGAUUGCAGCCAUUCUCAUACAUACAAUAGAACUGAAUAAUGAGCUUACAAAAUCAUUGCUAGUAAUGUUUUAUUUGAACAAAAAUUGUACCGCGUUUGGUUUGAAUACCGAAACAGAAUCCAUGAGAAGCUACUUGACUGACUACGGUGCUGCUAAGGUACUAAAUGGGAACAUUGCUGUGCACUCCUGGGAAGAUCUAUUAAACUCUGUCAAGCUCUAA